AGGUUACUCGAAUAAGCAUGGAUUCCGAUCUAUACGACGAGUUUGGCAACUACAUUGGACCUGAACUUGGCUCAGAUGAUGAUGAAAAUGAAGAUGAUGUUCCACUUGCGGGUGAUGGGGAAGAAGAAGCUGAAGAAGGGGAUGAUCAGGAGGAAGUGGAGGAUGAUGCCGAAGAGAUUCCUCAAAACCAGAUAGUUCUCCACGAAGACAAGAAGUACUACGCAUCUGCUGUCGAGGUUUAUGGUGAAAAUGUGGAAACCAUUGUGCAAGAAGAAGAUGCGCAACCUCUCACAGAACCCAUCAUCAAACCUGUUACCCAGAGGAAAUUCCAGUCAGUGGAGCACAAUCUACCUGAGACUGUUUACAACAAAGAGUAUCUGGCUGAUCUUAUGGACUGUCCUCAUAUAAUGAGAAAUGUCGCCAUUGCUGGUCAUCUUCAUCAUGGAAAGACAACGUUCUUGGACUGCCUCAUGGAACAAACACAUCCUGAGUUUUUCCGUGCAGAAGAUGCUGACACCAGAUACACCGAUACGCUUUUUAUCGAACAACAACGCGGUUGCUCUAUCAAGGCAAUGCCUGUUACAAUCGUGAUGCAAGACACUCGUCAUAAGAGUUACCUCUUGAAUAUUAUCGAUACUCCAGGUCAUGUGAACUUCUCGGACGAAGUAACAGCAGCUUAUCGCCUUUGUGAUGGUGUUGUCAUUGUUGUUGACGCACAUGAGGGUGUUAUGAUGAACACCGAACGAGUAAUUCGACAUGCUGUUCAAGAACGUUUGCCAAUCACGUUAUGUGUCAAUAAAAUCGAUCGCCUAAUUUUGGAGCUGAAAAUGCCUCCCGCGGAUGCUUACUACAAACUGCGACUGGUCAUCGACCAAGUGAAUGCUUUGCUCCAAACGUUCUCAGAGGAGGAAAAUACUGUGCUGUCUCCUUUGCUAGAGAAUGUGAUCUUUGCAUCUGGCCGCUACAACGUAUGCUUCUCGCUCCUCUCUUUUGCCAACAUCUAUGCUGAUCGUUAUGGAAACAUCAAUGCUCAUGAGUUUGCACGUCGGCUCUGGGGUGAUAUCUAUUUCGACAAAAAUACUAGAAAGUUCUCGAAGAAACCACCCAGUGCAAAUGCACAUCGGACAUUUGUGGAGUUCAUCCUGGAACCACUCUACAAAAUCUUCAGCCAGGUUGUGGGAGAUGUGGAUACCUGUUUGCCGCACAUGAUGUCUGAACUGAACAUCAAGCUUACAAAAGAAGAGCAGAAAAUGAAUGUGCGACCAUUGAUUGCGCUUAUUUGCAAGCGCUUCUUUGGAGACUUCAAAGCAUUUGUGGACCUAGUUGUGAAGAAUAUCAAAUCUCCCAUAGAGAACGCAAAGACGAAAGUGGAACACAUCUGGCUUGGUCCUGCUGACAGUAAGCUAGCAGCAGAGAUGUCCAAAUGUGAAGCAAAUGGUCCACUGAUGGUUCACACUACCAAGAACUAUCCAACAGCAGACGCUACCUCUUUCCGAGUGCUUGGGCGUGUCAUGAGCGGUACUAUCGAAAGCAAUGCAGAUGUACGGGUGCUUGGAGAGAACUACAGUAUUCAGGAUGAGGAAGACUGUCGGCGUCUAACAGUAGGCAGGUUAUGGGUCCAUGUGGCUAGGUAUCAAAUUGAAGUUUCUCGAAUACCGGCUGGUUGCUGGGCCCUCAUCGAAGGUAUCGAUCAACCGAUUGUGAAGACAUCGACCAUUGCUGAACUGGAGUAUGAGGAGGAUAUGUACAUUUUCCGUCCGCUAAAGUUUAAUACUAAGAGUGUAGUGAAGAUGGCCAUCGAGCCAAUCAACCCUUCUGAAUUGCCGAAAAUGUUGGACGGUCUGCGGAAAGUCAACAAAUCUUAUCCACUGCUUACAACACGUGUUGAAGAAUCUGGAGAACAUGUUUUGCUGGGAACUGGUGAACUAUAUAUGGACAGCGUCAUGCAUGAUAUGCGAAAGGUGUUCUCUGAAAUUGACAUCAAAGUAGCUGAUCCUGUUGUGACAUUCUGUGAGACCGUUGUGGAGACAUCAUCACUGAAAUGUUUCGCUGAAACGCCGAAUAAAAAGAACAAAAUCACAAUGAUUUCUGAACCACUCGAAAAAGGGUUAGCUGAAGAUAUCGAGAAUGAGGUGGUUCAAAUUGGUUGGAAUCGGCGCAGGAUUGGAGAGUUCUUCCAAACAAAAUAUGACUGGGAUUUGCUAGCAGCUAGAUCUAUCUGGGCAUUUGGGCCGGAUAUCGCUGGCCCUAAUGUCCUGCUCGAUGAUACUUUACCUUCUGAGGUUGACAAGCAACUUCUCGGUACUGUACGCGAGUCUCUUGUGCAAGGCUUCCAAUGGGCAACUCGUGAGGGUCCACUUUGUGAAGAACCUAUCCGAAAUGUGAAGUUCAAAAUGCUGGACGCGGUUAUAGCAAAGGAGCCGUUGUACAGAGGUGGUGGGCAGGUCAUUCCAACAGCUCGACGAUGUGCUUACUCUGCUUUCUUGAUGGCUACACCCCGUCUUAUGGAGCCAUACUUUGUCGUUGAAGUGAUCGCACCCGCUGACUGCGUUUCUUCGGUAUACACUGUUCUAGCAAAACGAAGGGGUCACGUAACAACGGACGCUCCCAUUCCUGGUUCACCUAUGUAUUCAAUAAAGGCGUUCAUCCCUGUGAUGGAUUCAUUCGGUUUUGAGACUGACUUGCGAACCCAUACACAAGGACAGGCAUUCUGCAUGUCGGUGUUCAACCAUUGGCAGAUCGUGCCUGGAGAUCCGUUAGACAAGUCAAUCGUCAUCCGCCCUCUGGAAUUGCAGCCAACACCUCAUCUAGCUAGAGAAUUUAUGAUCAAAACCAGGAGAAGGAAAGGUUUGUCGGAGGAUGUCUCUGUCAACAAAUUCUUCGACGAUCCUAUGCUUUUGGAACUGGCCAAGCAACAAGAUGUUUUCAGUUAUUCGGGAUUCUAACCUUCUUGUUGUCAUGGCUGUACUUUGUUGUUACUGUUACAAUGUCUUUGUCAAAUCGGUGUGUUGUUAUAUUUUUACCGUAACGUGGAAUUUCGUGAUCGGGUGCUAAUAUUCCUUCCAAAUUUGUUUCUCUUGAAUGGUUUUAUAUAUUCACA